GCAAGAUCUAACUGAAUGCACACAGGUGAAUAUUCACACAAAGCUUACCUCUGAGCCCAGGAGAACCUCUGCCAGAGUGAUAUCGGCUUUCACAGCAGAUGGCAACGCUGGCAAAGAUGCUGGAAGACAGGUAAAGGAGACUUGCAGUGGUGAUGGUGAAUCAAUAUCUUAAGACCACCUGAUACCAAUGGAGUUUCUAGGGCCUGCCUUCACCAUCCCCUGCUAUCACCAAUUAGAUGCAGUAUUACCUCUUAAACCCCACUAAUAUCCUGCAUAUUUCUUGCCUUAUUGCUACCAUUCCCCUGUUCCAGCACGUCUUUAAACACUAUCUAGCUGCUUGCCCGGGUGCCUCCAUUAGCUGUGAAAAGCUCCUCCAGUUUUUUUUCCCUUCUAUGAACCUCCAUUCCCAGAUGAUGCGGACGGAUAUUAAAGGCCGAAGCGCCUCGCCUCACAGGAUAACCUACAAGUCUGACUUCCACGCCAUCAAAUGUUCAUUUGACACUCCGACCGGUCUACAACCAGCGACCACACCUGCUGCUGACCUGCACUCUGCUGUGCACCCAACCAGGCUGCCAUCCAGCCUGUCAGAUCCAAUGAUGUCCGACAGCAGCACCAGUGGCAUCACAGGCAGCAGAGGAAGGGUCCACAGCACCAGGGGGACCAAGAUCCGAGACAACAUCUUCCUGCAAAUGGACAACCAGCAGCUGAAACCAGAUGGAGGUCCGGUGCAAAGUUCUGGCUCCACACCCCUCCAAAUGUCACCUUUCCCUGCAUCCAGACGUUCAGUCGUCAUGUCCUCGUCUGUUCUGAGCCCCACGGGCAACAUUUCUCUUACAGAAUCUUCCCUGCAGGAUAAAUCAAGCAGAUCAGAGGACAUUGACAGAGCUGCUCUGGCUCAGAAGUUCUCUAUCACCAGGAUGUUGUUUGAGACCAAGGUUAUGGAGGUUGGUGGUGGUGGAGAGCAGGUUUUGAAAUCUAGGGGAAGCAAGGUGGAUGGGAAAGAAGAAGGGGAAGAGGGGAUAGUAGGAGCCACCCAGGGGGAAAAAGAGGGGGGUUGCUUUGAUAAAGACAAAUCCAUGAACCUACCCAUCAUAAAUGUUUCCUUGCCGAAGCCUCCUCCACAGGCCUCACUGACAAGGCACCCAACACCUGUCGUAUCUGAUGGCCCCGCUGAAUCAUCCUGCAAAUCUCCCUCCUAUCCUGACAGACAGGGUCAAACUACAGAAUCACAAACAGUGGAAGAGAGGACGGCAAGUGAAACUCCUAACCUCUUCUUGACUCCUGAGGAGCCAGUGAGGGCGGAACUAGUUGACGUAAAGAACGGGUCAUCAGAAAGUGAUGAGAACGAGGAAGAAAAGGAGCGGAAAGAGGAUAAAAACUGGCAUAAGGAUGAGGUGGGAAAGUACAUAAAGAGGGUUGUAGGAGAAUGUGUGCAGGAGCUAGUGGAUGAUGUUUUUGAAGAGCCCAGCAUGGAAACACCUGGACCUUGUAUGGGGGAAAACAGAGUGGAAAUGACAGCAAGAAGAGGUGGGCCAGAUGUUCCCUCAGAAGACCACCAGAAGGAGUCCGCAUCAGCCAGCAUGUCAUGUCAAAGAGAGACUAUGGAAGGCCGGGAAGGUGAAAGAGACAAGUAUCAGCUGGUGGAUGAAGAGUGGGAGGGUGAAAGGGAGGGGCAGAACACCCAGUUCAUUGCACGGGCUGAAGAGUCAACAAAAAAGAGGGACAACAGUAAGAAAAAGAUUGUGGAAGAAAGUGCUGGAAGGACAGAGAGCAACAUGAUGCAUGAGGAGAAUGAUGACAGGGAAGUUGAGCAAUUCAGUGUGGGAAAGAGGAUAGGUGGAGAAGAAGAAGAAUGCAAAAAGAGGCAAGAGAAGGAAAGAACUGAGGGGAAAAGAGGUUCAGCAUCCGAGCUGCAAGAGGAGAUGAAGAGCAGAGGAGGCAGUGAUGGAAAGGAUGAAAUCAGAGGGGGCAACGAGGACCAGGCAGGGUCUGCACUUAUCUCUGGGAUUGAGAACGAUGCGUUUGUGCAUGAGCAGGAAUCCCACUCUCACCCAGAGCAUCCGAGUCAGGAAUGGGAACACUCUUUACAUGGAAAUCUGCUUUCAUUGCAAUAUGAGGAAAUUCCCGGUGUGCCUGAACUGGCCGACCAGGAGGAGGAGGAGGAAGCAGAUGAAGUUGCAAAGAGAAAAGUCCGGUUCACAUCAGCACCAAUCAAGGUGUACAGCACUUACUCUAAUGCAGAGUACGACAGACACAAUGAGGACAUUGACCCGGUGUCCGCCUCGGCUGAGUUUGAGCUGGAGAAGAGAGUGGACAGGAUGGACGUCUUUCCAGUGGAGAUAGAGAAGGGAGAAGAGGGCCUGGGCAUCAGUAUAAUAGGAAUGGGUGUAGGAGCAGACCAGGGACUGGAAAAACUGGGAAUCUUUGUCAAGACAGUCACUGAAGGAGGAGCAACACACAAGGAUCUAAGGAUUCAGGUGAAUGACCAGAUAGUGGAGGUUGAUGGGGUGAGUUUGGUUGGAGUGUCCCAGCUGUUUGCAGCCACAGUGCUCAAGAACACGUCAGGCCGAGUCAGGUUUUUGAUUGGCCGAGAGAAGGCGGGCGUGGAGAGCGAGGUGGCGCGCCUGAUCAACGAAAGCCUGGAGAUGGACAAAACCUCCAAGAGGGGAAUAGCAAGCGGGGACGAGGGUAAUGACUGCAGCAUGCCAGAGAGGUCAGUUGCAGAGGAAGAGGAGGAUGAAGAGGAAGGCAUUUCUGUUCUUUUUGGUCUGGACAACUACCAGAUUAGCCUCAAAUACCAGCAGCUUCAGUCAAAACUACGGAACCGAACAACCCAACUUCUCCACGCUAGAGAAAAGUUAAAGGCAUGGGAGAAGCAGCAGGCCUGUUGGGAGAGCCAGAGGAUGGAGCUGGAGCAAAGGGUGGAAGAUGGAGAGGACAAAGCUGACAAACUAGAGAAGUACUGGCAAGAGGCCCAGACACUGUGCAGGGUUGUGAGCCAGCGACUGGCUGAUGCCCAGAGCCAAUCAGAAAGCUUGGAGAUCAAAUACAACAAAGCUAAGAGACUGGUCAGAGAAUACCAGAGCAGUGAGGAGGAAAGGGAGAACAGAGAAGCAGAGCUGAGAGGACAAAUGGUGGAGAGAGAGAAGCUGCACAAAGAGACGGUUGAAAGACUACAAAUCCAGAUGGCACAGCUUGAGGUGAAAGAGCCUGCAACUGAGAGACAGAACCACUCUGUGGACACUUCAGUCACAGACUGGCAUCUUCCAGUUCCUGACUCGGUACGUCUCGACUCCAGCGCUCACAAAGCCAGAGCUCAGCUGGCCCAGAAGUCCAAACGCCACCCCCCCUCCCGAGACAAACUCCGGGAGAGCUUCAGAAAGCAGGAAGAUGAAGUUGAGACACAACAGGAGAGCGAGUCCCUGUCUGCGGCCCCAGUGACACAAAGGAGCAGCAGAAGCGACCUGUCCAGCGCCUCGUCUUUCUCAGCCCUCAGUCCUCAACCUCCCAGCAGCUCCGUCUUCACUCCGCCUCCCAUCUACAUCACGGACACCGUCACUCCCUCAUCACGCAAAUCCUCCACAUCCAGAAAGUCCAAAAAGAAAUUUCCCGACUUCAGUGGCCUUCGCAAGUCUCUCAGCAAAAGGAGAAGCGAGAAACUCAGCAAAAGUUCCAUGAGCAGCAGGGGGUCGUGUGGUGACCUGGUGGAUGAGCCCGCUGGGGUUUCUCCGUCAGAUUCAGUCACCUCCAUGCCGUCUUGCCUGCACUUCCCCUGGUUCGCAGAGCGAGGGCGAGAGAAAGACGUGGCCGCUGAGCAAGGCAGGGAGAGACUCCGCUCCGUGUCCAGCAGCAGCUUACCGUACCUGACCACCACCGGUAGACGAGAUCAGAGUAUCGGCUCUCCAGUGGACAGCUCCAGCAUGGUGGGUCACGUCUCUGUUCUCUCCGGACACUCUCACACUUUCACCUUUUCCUCCACUGAGACGUUGGACGAUGACCCAGUUCCCAGCAACAACAACCACCAUUGGCGGAGUGGACCCGUCUCGGAGUGGAACAACCACCAGGUGUGUCUGUGGUUGGCCGCCAUGAACAUGGACGAGUACGCGUCGGCGUUCGCUGCCAGAGGUGUAGACGGGCCACAGCUGCUCAACAUGGACAGCGAGACACUCAAGGCGCUGGGGGUGUGCAGUCAAAGUGACCGCUCAGCCCUCAAGAGGAAGCUGAAGGAGAUGAAGAAAAGAGAGGAAAAAGAACGGAGAGGAGAGAAGAGGCCCAAAGAGGAAAAGGAGAAAGCGAAGAACACCGUUUUGGAGGGUGAAGACCAAGAGAAAGUGAGGGUGAUGAUGAUGAUGAUGCAGUCUGUAAAAGAUGCCAGACUCAGUGGCAAAACCAUAAGAACUGAGUCUCUCAUAUGAAAGAAGAGAGGCAAUGUCUCAGAUCCACCACCAGCAUGAGGGCGUGUUUGCAGCCUUAACACGCACAAAAAUACACUUGAAACAACGUCUAUGUAGUUAAUAGAAACGGAUAGAUCUACUGCACCCAUCCUCAUGUUCCCAUCUUAAAGCCUAGCUUUAGUUUACAGAAGAAACCCGGUUAUAAUUGCUAGGUCUUUGGAGCAGAGUCAAGCACCGAAGUUCCCCCUCACAGCAAAUGGUCCUUUCUGUAUUUAUGUACAUGUUGAGUG